UUGUGCCUCCGAAAAGAAGAAAAAAAAAAAAAAAAGAAAACAUCUGUUGAGGAGCGUCUGCGCUCACUGGAGCAAAGCGCGCGCGUUUCUCCGGAGGGAAGAAUUUGGAGCAUCUGUGAGUGACAUCACGUUCAUCAAGGGUUUCUCAAGGAGUUUGGACGUUAAAAACAAACCAAAUAAAAAAUCAAUCAAGAGGGCAAGUUAACGGAAAGGAGGAUCCAGCUAAAGGAGCGGAGAGAGGAGGUGACCCGGUCCAAGCGACAUGUUUGGGAUGAUCAAGAACUCGCUCUUCGGAAACACCGAGGAGACGGAAUACAAACUGCUCAGUAGUGAGACCAAGGACGGAGUUAGCUUUGAGGUGCGACGCUACGAUGCUUUCAAAUACGCCGCUGUCUCCUCUGAGGGACGAACCUUUGACCAAGUGACAGGAGAGCUGAUCAGGAAGCUGCUCAUGUACAUCGGCGGGAGCAACGAGCAAGGUGAGGCCAUGGGUACGGCGGCGCCCACCAUCAUCACAGUGUACCCGCGAAACGACGGCGUCCUCUCUCGCCGCUUGGUGGUCGGCAUCCGCAUCCCCAACGGCUACCAGCAGAGCCCCCCGACUCCCACCGACAGUGCCGUCAGGAUCGAGGAGCGGCCCGGCAUGACCGUCUACGCCCUGCAGUUUGGAGGGUUUGCGGGGGAGAGCGAGUACCGAGCAGAGGCCUUGCGUUUGACGCGCACUCUGGGCGAGACGGCCCCCUUCCAGCGCAAGCAGUACUUCUGCUGCAGCUACGACCCGCCACUCAAGCCUUACGGACGCAGGAACGAGGUGUGGUUUCUACAGGAGGAGCCGUAGGAGCAGUCGGUCUAGUCUGAUGCUGAAUUCCUUGUUUGACCUCAGUUACCCUCUCAGCGGGGGGAUACGUCCCUGUCAGUAUUUAUUACACAUGCUUUUGUCCCGUCCAAUAUACACCUGAGCUUUUGUUUCUUCAGCACUGGGUCUUCUAAUGAUAAGCUCGUACCAUCUAAUGUAGAUAAUGUAAUUAGAUCCACAUAUAGUCCAUUAUAUUCUUAAUUGUCACCUGGUGCCUGAUUUUUGUGUUUUCCUUUAUAUGAAUAAAGACGUUGUCACCACA